CCUGAUGACAUCAUUUCUGGUGCUGUAUAAAAGGCCAGUUAUAGGACAGUAUCCGAUCAGAGACCCUCCGAGCUGCUCUCAGUACUGUAUCCUGACCAUCAUGCGUGAAAUUGUACAUCUGCAAAUUGGACAAUGCGGCAACCAGAUCGGCUCGAAGUUUUGGGAAGUGAUCAGUGAAGAGCAUGGGAUCAAUGCAACGGGCAUCUAUGAAGGAGACAGCCACCUGCAGCUGGAGAGGGCCAAUGUCUACUUCAACGAGGCAUUUGGUGGGAAAUAUGUGCCCCGAGCCCUACUGAUUGACCUGGAGCCCGGCACCAUGGACAGUGUCAGAGGAAGCCGCAUCGGGGCCCUUUUCAGGCCAGACAAUUUCAUCCACGGAAACUCAGGCGCUGGGAAUAACUGGGCGAAGGGCCACUACACAGAGGGAGCGGAGCUGGUGGAGCAGGUGAUGGACAGAGUGAGGAACGAGAGUGAAGGCUGCGAUUGCCUGCAGGGUUUCCAGAUGGUUCACUCAUUGGGGGGUGGUACCGGCUCCGGCAUGGGAACCCUCCUCAUCAACAAGAUCCGAGAGGAGUACCCCGACCGCAUAAUGAACACCUUCAGCGUUAUGCCCUCCCCUAAAGUCUCUGACACGGUGGUGGAGCCGUACAACGCCACUCUGUCGGUCCACCAACUCCUGGAGAACACGGACGCGACCUUCUGCAUCGACAACGAGGCCCUGUACGAUAUCUGUUUCCGCACGCUGAAACUGACCACGCCGACUUAUGGGGACCUCAACCACUUGGUCUCUAUGACCAUGAGUGGGGUCACGACCUCCCUGAGAUUCCCCGGACAGCUCAACGCAGACCUGAGGAAGCUGGCUGUCAACAUGGUGCCUUUCCCCCGCCUCCACUUCUUCAUGCCAGGCUUCGCCCCCCUGACGGCACGUGGCCACCAAUCGUAUCGAGCCCUCACUGUGCCUGAGCUCACGCAGCAGAUGUUUGAUGCCCGCAACAUGAUGACGGCGUGCGACCCAAGGCGAGGGCGCUACCUCACAGUUGCAGCUAUCUUCCGUGGUAGGAUGUCCACCAAAGAGGUAGAUGAACAAAUGCUUUCUAUCCAGCAGAAAAACAGCGAAUACUUUGUGGACUGGAUCCCACAUAACGUCAAGGUUGCCGUGUGUGACAUCCCACCCCGGGGCCUCAAAAUGUCCGCCACCUUCAUCGGCAAUAACACGGCCAUUCAGGACAUAUUCCGCCGUGUUGGCGAGCAGUUCGCCCUGAUGUUCAGACGGAAGGCCUUUCUUCACUGGUAUACAGGGGAAGGUAUGGAUGAGCUGGAGUUCACCGAGGCAGAGAGCAACCUCAACGACCUGGUGUCAGAGUACCAGCAGUAUCAAGAUGCUACUGCCGCUGAUGACGAUUUGGAAGCAGAGGAUGAAGAAGAGGAGGGACCCUCAUCUUCAGCGACAACAAAGGUUCAGUCUCUCGUGGAAGUUCAACUGGAAACUGUGAGUGAAACAGUCAAAGAGACUGUAGAUGAGUAGAAUACAUGGGGCAGUGUGGUGUGUAGGUUUUACAAAAAGAACUCUUAUUUUUUAGUUGUCCUGAUUGUUGAUUGGUUGGUUGAUUUAGAUAGCCCUUAUUUGAUAAAAUGUGCUGCGGAAUAUUUACACCAUAGAGCUGAUCAUCUUUUAUGUAUUGCUUAAAUAAUUUUUAUGGUUGAAGACUUGUAUUUGAGGUUUAAAGUUUUUUUUUUUACAGUAUUUAUUUGAAAAUCAUGAAAAUAUUACGUGUAUAUGUGGAAAAUGUUAUAUUAUUCAAGUUCUGUAUAAUCCACAGCCAUAAAAAUGAAAUUGUGAAAUGUUGCAUUGAGUGUUUUGUAGCUACGUUAUGAUGGUAAUUAAAGACAGUAAAACCAAA